AUGGUGGAGGACGUGGGUGCUGGACCACUUCAGGAUCACCCCUUCAUGGUGGUGAACGUGGAGACGACGUGGGGUGAUAACAGGCCAGGGUUGGAGGAAUUUAAAAAGGAGAUUGUAGCAAAAUGCAAAGGUUUACCUCUUACAAUUGUGGUGCUUGGAGGACUUUUAUCUCUGAAAGAUCUGACACAAGACUCAUGGCGGAAACCCUGCUUUCUUUACUGUGGGGUCUUUCCGGAGGACUCAGAAAUCAAAGCAAGUGAGUUGAUUCGCUUGUGGGUUGCUGAAGGAUUUGUACAAAAAAGGGGAAAAGAAACGCCGGAAGACAUUGCAGAAGACUACUUAUACGAGUUGAUCCAGAGAAACAUGAUUCAGGUGGCUGAUACGAGAGACGAUGGAAGGGUGAAGUCUUGCCGUAUACACGACCUACUUCGAGAUCUAGCCAUUUCAGAAGCUAAUGAAGAAAAACUUUUUGAGGUAGAUGAAAACAUUGAUGUGGACGUGCUUCCUACUAGUGUUCGUCGACUGAUCAGUAAUAUUAAUCAGACUAACUCUCCGCAUUUGAAAAAUUCUAAUAUCCGAUCUUUGAUCCUCAAUAGAUCCAUUGAUGAAGGAGAUGAGGAUAGAUCUGGAGUCUUUCUCACACCACAAGUGCCUCUACAAAUUGCAUCUAGUGGGAACCAUCCCAAAACUACCCGUGGAAACAACACUCUAUCCUUCGAAUCUCAUGCAACUCAAACUGCUUGA